CCCAGAGUUUGAAAACCACUGCCCUAGAGGAUCAUCAACUGACUGAUCUGCAGGGUCAGAGAUAUGGGAGCUGGGGGAAAGACCACAGUAGCAACCAUAGCUUGGUGGGUGAUAAAGCAGCUUAGCUAAGCCACAGAGCACUUCAGUUUCAAACACCUGAUAGAUAUUAACUAGCAGGCAGCCUGGGGACAGGGAAGCAGUCCUGCCACCCUCCAUGAAUGCUUGCUGGACCUGAUGGGGUAAAUGUGGUGUGCAUGGUAGUAAGGGGCUGAUGGCACUGUUUAGAGUUGGAUUCAGGCAGGCAGGUGGACAUUGAUUAAGAGGAGAAAACAGGUCUAGCAAUUGCAAAUUAGAAGCUGCUGUAGCUUAUGCUUGAGAUGAGUUGGUCUCUGAUGUGCAACACCAGCAGGGGGUGUGUGUGCAUGGUCUGUCUCUGAACUGUGUGUUUGUUGCACACGUGGUGACCUGGCUAGGCUGUGCUAGCUGUGAGGAGAGCCAGAGGCAAACCAAGGCAAAAGGGAUAACUUUACAUUUUAUAGGGAAAACCCCCAAAUUGUACCAGGAGCACAAAUAAUAUUGAACAUUACCAAAGGCUUACUACUUAUAAUAAUAAGCUAUAUAGGUGACCAACUCAUUAACCUUUGUGUGCUUGUCCACACUGUGCGAUUGGCACCAAAUGCAUUGCUGUUAACAAGAACACAAAAGCUCACUCAACAAUAUCCUGCAUCUCUUCGGAGAAGAAUCAACGUUUCCUCUCCUUGGCUGUAAGUCCAGUUCCACUCUUGCUGUCCUCUUUUUUUGCUCCUCUUCGGCUCAAAGUGCUCCUUAGAUUCUAUGUUUCUGCGCCGAGUUUAUCCACACUUAGUGGGCCCUCACCUGGCCAUAGGGCACCUUUUGAUCUGUGUUCUAUCCAAAGAUGUUCAAAGAAUUUCUCUCUGUUUACAAGAACUGUAAGUGUUUUGUGAGGAGGUUUCUUGUUUACCAUUUUCAGGAUCUGUCUGCAUCUCACGCAGCUUUGAUCAAUUCCCUUUUUCCCCAAUUAUAUUUCAGAUUUUUUUCUCCUUGAUUCUCUCUCUCUGGUAAAUCUAUAGAUUUGAUUUCCCUCCCUUCUCUAACAGUGUCUGUGCAUGUACCCAGGUCUGUUUUUUUCCCCCCUGCUUUUCCUGACCUGAAACCUUUCCUAUUUUUCCUUCUUUCCUCCUUUUCUCUUCCCAGUCCCCUUCUUGUAUUCUUCUGUUCUUCUUUUAUUUGCUCGGCCCACCUCCGGUUCGCCCGCUAGCUCAGCAUCUCCAUUCUCCUUCUGUAACACUUCUGGCAGCUGUCCCUUUGGGUGGUUUCGGGGCCCCCUCCCCAGCACAAUCUGCCCUCUCAUUGGCCAUCUCUCUCCUCUGGACAGCAUACUGGGCAAGUGCUAAUGCCAGGUGCGGGUUACUACCCAUACGCUAUGUAGUAUCUGUUUGUGUGUACAUGUGUGUGAGCAUCCAUUAGUGUGUCCAUGCAUGUCAGAUGUGUGCCAUGCAGUGAAGGGGUGUGUGUGCCAUGUGCCAUUCGCUUCUUUCUUCUCCCCCACUGCCAUCAUGUGCAGGCAGCUGGUGGCUUUGCGGUGGGAAAGGAAAGGAAGUGGUUUCCAGAAAUUCCAGGAGAGCUCUGAUUGGUCUGUGGUGAGCUCAUCUGUAAUUCCCCUUGUGGGGGGGGAGUGUCAACAGGAAACCAGGCUGAUGCAAGAGGGUGCAAUGAAGUUCUGUGGCAGCGGAAAGAGAGAGGGUUGGCCUUCCUGCUCUGGCGGCAUGUGUGUCCUGGGCGUGUUUGUGUGUGAUCUGUGGGAAGUAAGAGCUGGUAAUACAUGAGCUGGCUGCAUUAUCCUACUGAGGAUGAGCAGAUUGACUGGGAGAAGCCGGUUCUGACCCAAGCCGAGAUCGAGCAGAAGAUAAAGGAAUACAACAGCCAGAUCAACAGCAACCUCUUCAUGAGCUUGAACAAAGACGGCUCCUACACUGGCUUCAUCAAGGUGCAGCUGAAGCUGAUUCGGCCGGUCUCUGUGCCGGCCAGCAAGAAGGCGCCCUCCAUUCAGAAUGCCAAUAAGGCACCGCGCUCCCAGGUGGUGACACGCCGCACAUCCUUCUACCUGCCCAAGGACACGGUCAAGCACCUGCACAUCAUCUCCCGCACCCGCGCCAGUGAGGUCAUCGAGGCCCUGCUCAAGAAGUUUAUGGUGGUCGACAACCCCCGCAAGUUCGCCCUCUUCGAGCGAGCUGAGAAGGACGACCAAGUGUACCUGCGGAAGCUCUCAGAUGAGGAGCAGCCCCUGCAUCUCCGGCUGCUGGCUGGCCCCAACGAGAAGGUCCUCAGCUUCGUUCUGAAGGAGAACGAGACCGGAGAGGUCAAUUGGGACGCCUUCAGCAUGCCUGAGCUGCACAACUUCCUGCGCAUCCUGCAGCGUGAGGAGGAGGAGCACGUCCGCCAGAUCUUGCUGAAGUACGCCCGCUGCCGCCAGAAGAUGCAGGAGGCACUGACUACCCGCACCCCGGGCUGAGCCGCCCCCGUCCCAGACCUGACACUCCAACCGACACCAGGUGGCUAGGAGAAGAGGCGGCGAGGCCAGGUGGACAUGGACGGAUCCGCUCCGGGACUAUGCUUGUGGGUCGGGAGCUCCCCUGUGUGGGUGCAGGGAGGUGGGGGGGAGUGUGGGAGGGGGCAGCAGAGGAAUGGGAGGUGGGUGGCUCCCCCGCGGGGGGGCCCCCAGUGCCGUGUGAGGCGCGAAUGUGAGCGAUGGAGGGACUGUGUGCAUGGGGACAUUUCCCCCGGGUGGGGGGCAGUGAACUGACCCCCCCAUCAUGUGUGCGUAUAAGUGGGGCUGCUGGGUCACUGCCAGGAUGGCUGCUUCUGGCUGCGCCUUGGGGAGAGGUGGGGCGGUACAGCUGAUCCAGAUUCAUCCUCCUGCCAGGGCCUCGGGCUCCGCUGGGCCUAGCCGUGUCUGGGGAUAGAUGGAGGCUCAAUGUGGACCUUAAUGGCAGCCCCUGAACCUGUUCCCCAUUCCUUGGGUUGGGGGUAACAGUGGACUCAGAGAGUGGGAAGGCCCUCGAUCUGUUCAGCCCUGCUCUGUCGUUAAGCAGGACAACCAAGACUGCCUGACGUGGCCAGACCCUAGGUCCCUGGACAGGUGCAGCCACAGGGCGCUGUGCUGGCAGGGCUGAAGACUCUCGAUUCAGCCACGCUCGGGGCCAUCUGAGGGGCAAGGCUAGGGGAAUUGCUCCAGGGACCAAUGCAGUCCUCAAGAUCCUGUGUCGGUCAUUCCAGGAUCCUGUUACCAAAGGUGGCCUCGGUAGAGGGCAGCAUCCAAAGGAAGGCCAGGAAAAGGAGCUCAGGGGACCACAUGGGGCAACCCUAUCCCCAGGUGUAGCCUCAACGGACCUGGUGCCAGGGAUGGAUCUGCCCCCAUAGGUAUCCUGGAGAAGAGACCCUGGGCACUGUUGCGUGCUAGGUCCAUCAUGUGAAUGGAGGGAUGACACCCCACAACUUGCCCCCAGCAAGCUCGGUGCAUCCUGGCGGGAGCUUGGGCCAAUAGCAAUGGCAAGUAGAUAGCACUGGAGGGCAAGGGAUGGUAGCUCUAGCCUUGGACAGACCCUGCUAGGCACUGCCAACCCUCCCCCAAGGAGCGACAGACCCCCUGUGCCCAGGGAGCUGGGGCACUAGUGCAGGGCUGCAAGGCUGGAGUGAAGCAGCUGAGCCACUCCCCAUAAGUGCCUGGGACCUGAGGCCGUGCGAAUGCACCCAAGAGGCCCCCCUCUUUGCAGCAGGGCCUCGCUUUGGGAUUUGAGUUUUUCAGUGAAUGUUUUUGAACUCGACUCUGUUGAAUGUCCUGAGCUUCCAGGGGGGCUGCGCUUCCUUGGUGGCUCGGCCUGUGCGUGGUGCUGGCUCUGUGUGGAUCAAUAAACGAUUCAGGGCAAG